GUCGGCGGUCGCGAUCAACGUGUGUUGUUGGAAGACUUGACUCACCAACCCUCCCGCGAAUCGGUUCCGUGAAUAAAAUGUCAAUAUUAUCGUUUUGAUUGGAAGUGUGUCUUUACAUUGUCUACAACAGUUUGGGAUAGUUAACGUGGCAGUGUUCCGAUUUCCGAUCGUGUGAAAGGCGAUCGAUCGACGAAAUAUUGUUUUUUUGAAAACAAAGCAAGCGAUGACGAUGGACGAUAGCGCUGGCACUAUGACGACGACGGUUGACGAAGACGAGCGCUCGUUGAACGACGACCGAAGGCCGCGCGAUCGGGGUCUGUGGCGGGAUCUCGUGGCCUACUGGAUCCUGGGCUUGUGCAAUAACUAUGGCUACGUGGUAAUGCUGACGGCCGCGCACGACAUUCUCAAAGAACUGGACGGCGGAGACGGCGACCAUGGGAAAUCGAUUAACGAAUACAGCGUUGCCAAUUCGACCCUUCUUCGCUCGUCGGACGACGCAUUCACCUUCGCCUAUGACAAACGGCCCUGCAACAAACUGUCCACGGGUGCAAUCCUGCUGGCCGACAUCCUGCCUGCCCUGUCCGUGAAACUGGUUGCAUCGUUCUUGCCGCUGUGGAAACAUGUUCGAGUAUCCGCCUGUAUUAUGCUGGCUGCGGCCGGAUUCCUCCUGGUGGCAUUUGCCAACAUCGAUUGGAUGCUGUUCCUCGGUGUGAUUUGUACUUCGUUCAGCUCGGGUCUCGGUGAAGCCACCUUCCUUGCCUAUGCCAGCUACUUCAACAAGAACGUCAUCUCGACGUGGUCUUCCGGAACAGGGGGUGCCGGAGUGAUUGGUGCCUUGUCGUACACCGGCCUUACCGCGAUUGGUCUAUCGCCGAAGGCCACCAUGCUCGUCAUGUUGGUAGUUCCUGCGCUCGAAGCCGCCUCGUUCUGGCUCCUGCUGCGCCAAAAAGACACGAGCCGCGAUCCGCAGGAAGUGAAUCCCGAGAACGCGAAACCUGGCGUGGACUACAGCGCCCUUCCGGAGAACGAGCGCCCACUGGAGAACUGGCGGCAGAAAAUCAACUACAUUCCAUCGCUGUUCAUCUACAUGAUCCCGCUCAUCAUGGUGUACCUGUUCGAGUAUUUCAUCAACCAGGGACUGUUCGAACUAGUCUACUUCCCGGACAGCACCCUGGAUCAGUCGGCGCAAUACCGAUGGUAUCAGGUCCUGUACCAGAUCGGCGUUUUCGUCUCCCGUUCAUCCGUUAACAUUGUCCAGUUCAAGCACGUCUGGAUCAUGGCUGUGCUGCAGUUUGUCAACGUGAUCUACUUCACGUUCGAAGCCGUCUACAUGUUUAGCCCGUCGAUUUGGAUCAUCUUCGUGCUGAUUCUGUGGGAAGGUCUUCUCGGUGGCGGAGGCUACGUUAACACCUUCUACCGGAUGCAGAUCGAAGUCCCGGAGGCACGGCGCGAGUAUGCUAUGAUGAUUACCUCCAUUUCGGAUUCGGUCGGUAUCGCACUGGCUGGCAUUGCGGCAAUUCCGUCGCACAACGCCAUCUGUGACCUGCCGCUGCCCAAUCGGUUGCAGUAAACUUGCGUGACUUUCUCUCGUUAGCAGUAGAAAAAUUUCCCCUUUUCUGUACAUAGAACUGAGCUUUACACAAACUGAUAAUUACUUCUGUAGGAGACAAAUUUUCACUCGCUGUGAAACAAUAAUAAAACUUUACGACCAACCUAA